AUGAGAAUCAUUUACUACUCACAGCUCAUCGGGACGAUGAAGAUUCCAAUUAUUAGAACUAACUCUAUCUAUAUAUACACACACACCCACACACAUAUAUCUCCUAUCAUUCAUCGUACACACACUGUCUCUCUCUCUACAAGAAUGCCCAACUUGACAACACUCAACCAUCUGUUUGAUCUGCCGGGUCAGAUUUGCCAUGUUCAAUGUGGUUUUUGCACCACAAUUUUGCUGGUGAGUGUGCCCUUCACGAGCCUGUCAAUGGUGGUGACUGUGAGAUGUGGGCAUUGCACAAGCCUUCUCUCUGUCAAUUUGAUGAAGGCUUCCUUCAUUCCUCUCCAUCUCCUCGCUUCUCUCUCUCAUCUCGAUGAGGCGGGGAAAGAGGACGUUAAUGUAGCUACAACAGAUGGUGUGGAAGAAGAAGCGUGGAAGGCGAAUGAGGAGAAGGAGAACAGUCCAGCGACUUUGGUUACGUCUUCAGACAAUGAAGAUGAAGACAAAGAUGUUUCUCGUGUUUACCAAGUUGUCAACAAGCCACCUGAGAAAAGACAACGAGCUCCUUCAGCUUACAAUUGCUUCAUCAAGGAAGAGAUCAGGAGGUUAAAGGCUCAGAAUCCAAGAAUGGCUCAUAAGGAAGCUUUCAGCUUAGCUGCCAAAAAUUGGGCCCAUUUCCCUCCGGUGCAAACCAAGAGAGCUGCCUCAGAUCAAUGUUUUUGCGAGGAAGACAACAAUACAGUACUGCCAUGCAAUGCUCUCGAGGACCAUGAAGAAAGCAAUAAUGGGUUCCGAGAGAGAAAGGCUCAAAGGCAUUCCAUUUGGGGAAAAUCUCCAUUUGAGUAAUAACAGUUUGGCAUAAGAAAUGUGUGAUGGUGACUAUUUUCUUUCUAGGGUUUGAUUUUGUUGCUUUAGGGUUUGUGUUAUUGGAGAGAGAGGGAGAGAUCAGAAGAAUCUGAAACGUACGUAGAAUUUGGAUGUUCGA